AAUAUCUGUUCAAAUAAUUUCGUACAUUAAUUCAUACAUAAAAAAACGAUUGAUUUUGAUUACACCAACAGUUUCAUCGAUGACCACAAUGAAUGCUAUUUGUCUAAUAGCACUGUUAGUGUCGAUCAUCGCACAGGUAGUCCUAGUCGUUGUCGUUAAGUCCAAAAAUUUCUGUAAGGAAUACCACAGAAACGGACAGAAAAUUGAUUUCGCUUAUCGUAUGAAUGAAUUGGACGGCAAAUUCUUCUUCAUCGGUAACACCUACUGGAAAUUGAAAUACAUUGACGGCUCCGACGACACCAAAACAGUUACCAUUAAUAACGAAAGUGACGGCGAAUCCAACUUUAUAACCGGUGACAACUACUCUAUGGUUUGGUGUAAUUGGUUUAACAAAACAGACAAACCAACGAUUGUCAGCGCAAACCACAAUCACUGUCGUGUCGCCGGACUAAAGAAAAAUCUGAAAACCAUUGAUUGGGCUUUUGUUAACUUUGAUACCCUUAGACUUAUUGAACAAACAGAUUCAACAAACAUUGAUUUUGAGGCCAACUUUAAACCCCAGUUUGUUUGGCUACCGCAGCCGUUUCGAUUCAGAGAACGGUUGUCAGCAUUUUGGUCUAAUAGCCAGACAAUUGUCUAUAAUUUUUAUGAACCAAACAAUCCGGUAAAAGGGAUACCGAGUAUAGUAGGAGAAGAUAUCCAAAGAUUGAUUAUUAACGGUACAAAAGAAAGAAAAUUGAACAUUGAAUUGAUGACAAUUGUCGGCCAGUAUAGCCUGUAUGAUAAUAAUGGUGUUAGUAAUCCAAACAGUAUCAAUGGCCAGGGAUCUAUUGUAUUUACCAAUGAAAAUCAGAUCAUCCGAUACUGUUAUGUGGGACAACCAUUCAAUGAGACGGCCUGCAAACCAUCAAACAUGAAGAAACUGAUUGACUGCUCUUUGGACACAAAAUCCAGUUCAUCGAAGACAAUGAUUAUGAUAAUACUUGUUGUCGUUAUCGUAGUUUUGGUGGUCAUUAUUGUCGGACUAAUUAUAUUUUAUCGCAAAUAUGUUGGACAGGGAGGAGAUGGAGAAGUAACGAGAGAUGGAUCAUCAGUAUCGGCAACAUCUAAUGUAAGCAACGGUAAGCUACGGUCUUCCCGAUCGGCAAAGUCUAAGCCAACUAAAGGCACGAAAACGAUCAGUCCAUCGAAAACUGGUGGUUCAACUGAUCCGACAAAAUCUCCAUCAAAAGCAAAGACAUCUAAAGCCAAAUGA